CUCCUGUUAAUAGACCAUCUCUGCAGCUAGCCGCUAGUGUCAACAGGAGAACAACAACAAGCAGCGGCGCUUCUCCGCUAACAGCUGCGCCAACACAAGAGUUGCCUUUUGGGUUCAACGAGCAGCCGGAGAGGCGGCCGGAAGAAGCGGCUGGUGAGGAAGAGGAGGCUUUUCUUUCCCCGGCUGCCUUUUUAAGGGGGGUGAUGACCGCAGCAGCCGUCCUGAUGGAGGAUUAGAGACCCACCCAUGGAUCCCCAGCGGCAGAGCUCUGAAGGCGACGAUGGAGGCGAGCGGGGUCUCCUCCACUCCUGGGGCGGCUACUCCUACGCCGUGGUCCCAGAGAGGCUGCUGCUCCCGCGGCCCGUGCUCCAGGUGGCCCUUGGAGCGCAGCAUGGAGUCCUGCUGGUGGAAGGAGGCCAGGUGUAUAGUUUCGGCGAGCUGCCCUGGAAACAGACCCAGGUGCUGCGGGCGACGCAGCCCACCCUGGAGAACGCGCUGAGCGGCCAGCGAGUGGUCGGCGUGGCCGCCGGGAGCUUCCACAGCGGGGUGGUGACGGAGGACGGCGGCGUCCACAUGUGGGGGGACAACGCGGCGGGCCAGUGCGGCCUGUCGGGCCUCAGCUCCGUGCCCAACCCGACGCCCGUGGCCCUGCUGGACCCCGGCGGGCCUCACACGGUGCCGGUGCUGGAGCUGGCCUGCGGGGAGAGGCACAGCCUGGCGCUGUCGGCGCAGAGGGAGGUGUGGGCGUGGGGCAGCGGGUGUCAGCUGGGGCUCAACGCGCCCGCCUUCCCCGUGUGGAAACCCCAGAAGGUGGAGCAGCUGGCCGGCAGGUGCGUGCUGCAGGUGGCCUGCGGCGCCUCGCACAGCCUGGCUCUGGUGCGCUGCGUGGGUGUGGAGGGCAUGCAGCGGCCGCCUGUGGACAAAUGCAACCAGUGCAACCAGCUGCUGUACACCAUGACGGACAAGGAGGACCACGUCAUCAUCUCUGACAGCCACUACUGCCCGGUGGGAGUGGAGGCCAGGGAGGAGCCCCCUCCCACCCAGACCUUGAAGACCUCCCCGUCUGAACCCAUCCUGCCCUCCCACAGCAGCUCUGCUCCAACCCCAGCACCUCCCACCCCUGAGCCCCCCCCAGGUCCCGUCUCUGACCCCCAGGACUCACAGAAAGCAUGCCUUACUAACGGAGUGCACCCGCCCUCCGACUCUGACCCCCCGCCUCCUCCCAAAGCUGCUGCCCCCGCUGCCGUUAAGAGCUCCCCCUAUCCUGACGAGCGGGAGGUGAAGGAGUACCUGAGGAAGCUGUCGGACGCGUCGCAGGCCGAAGCCAAGAUGGCUGCCGGAGCUCUGCACGCCCUGCAGCCGUCGUCGUCGGGCCGCAGCUCCUCCGCCCUCAACAGCCUGGUGGCGUCCUGCGCCUCGGCGGUGGGCGAGCGCGUGGCCUCCACCUACGAGGCCCUGUCCCUGAAGCGGAUGAUGAACUUCUACCUGCCGGCGCGGCUGGAGGCGCUGGGCGGGGCGGCCGACGGCACGGCCGAGCGCGUCCGCCGCGAGGAGUCGGUCCAGGCCAAGAAGAGCUCCAGCACGGGGGACAUCCACGAGGAGGAGGCGGAGGGUCUGCGGCGCCGCCUCUCGCUGCCGGGGCUCCUCUCUCAGGGUAGAUACGCCGUCCACCUCUUAUCCUCCUCCUAUGGCCCGCUGCUGUCGCCGAGGCUGUUGAGGAAAAUGGGACGCUCCAGGACGCGGGGCUUCGCCCUCACCCCCAUGGGAGGGGGGGUCCCCGAGGACCAGGAGGUGUUUCCCACCCUGCACACCGAGGUGUGGAGCUGGGGACACGGCGAGCACGGCGAGCUGGGACAUGGAGACAACCUGGCCCGACUGCAGCCGCUCUGCAUCAAGAGCCUGAACAAGAAGGAGGUGAUCCGCGUGGCAGCCGGCGCCCAUCACUCCCUCGCUCUGACGGCUCAGUCUCAGGUGUACUCGUGGGGCAGCAACCUGUGCGGUCAGCUGGGACACAUGGAGACGCCCAGCACCGUCCCACGUCUGGCAAAGCUGUCGGAGGGGAUCCGGGUGUGGGACGCGAGCGCAGGAGAGCGGCACACUCUGCUGCUGGCCGACGGAGACUGCAUCCAGCCCAUCAUUUACUACAGCGGGCAGCAGGUGAAGGAGGGCGAGGAUGGGGGAGGCCUGGAGGAGGAAGAGGAGCAUGUGGGAGGCUACACCCAGCAGCCGGUCCUGCUCCCUUUCUGCAUGAACCUCGGCUAUGUGAGCAGUGUGGUCGCAGGUGGUAGCAGGUGUGUAGCGCUCUCUGACAGGAACGUGAUGGGCCUCAUUGCCAGCCUUCACGAGCUGGCGUCAGCGGAGAGGAAGUUCUACUGCAAGCUGUGUGACGUCAAAUCACAGGUUAUACGCCCCCUGCUGGAGCUGGAGUGUCUGAGCUCCGCCCUCGGGCCGGCGGUCACCGAGCUGCUGCAGACGCUGGCGGGUAGAUUCAGCCUGCUGGCUCAUCUGACCGGGCAGCACGCCGCCAGCCUCACCGCCGACCUGCGACGCGGACGGGACGUGAAGAGCCUUCUCAUCCUCGACCACGCCAGCAUCUUCCUAGACUUGUACAAUGACUACUGCUCAGCUGUGGGCAACUUCUUUGUGAUGGGUGGUUUCCAUGCUCUUACAAAACCGUCCUUGGACAUCUUUGGGAAAACUCCAGAGCUGCUGCAGAGGCUGUUGGAGUGCAACGAGGAGAACCCCACCACCUCUGACCUCCUGGUGGCGCUCUUCUAUCUCCCAACUCAGCACCUGCAUGAAUACGGUCGGCUGCUGCUCAAACUGGCCACCUGCUUUGAAGUGAGCUCCAGUGAUUACCAGAAGCUGCAGGACAGCUGUUCCAAGUUUGAAGCUCUGGCCCUGCAGCUGAAGAGAAAAAGGAAAGAAGCUGAGUGCACCUUCCACUUCUGGAAGAGCUUUCCGGGCAAAAUGACGGACUCCCUGAGGAAGCCUCACCGCCGACUGAUCUACGAGAGCAGCAACAAAUCUCUGACGGUGCAGAAUGCCGGCAGGUUUUCCGUCAACUGGUUCAUCCUCUUCAACGACUCUCUGGUGCACGCGCAGGGCGUGGCGCCUUGUAAAAACCUUUUCUCCACCCAUCACAUCUUUGCGCUGGCCACACUGUGGGUGGAGCCAACACCUGACGAUGAUCCUGGACUACAAGGAUUGAAGGUGGUCGCGCCUGAGGAGACCUUAACCCUGCUGGCCUCGUCGUCUACUGAGAAGUCCAAGUGGCUCCGCGCCAUCAACCAGGCGGUGGAUCAAGCUCUGAGCGGCGCAGGGCAUGAUGUUGGCAGCUCGCUGUCAAAGUCAGAGCCUCCCAUCUCCAGGACCGCUUCGUACACGUUCUACAAAGACGGGAGGCUUAAGGACGCGACUUACGAGGGUCGUUGGCUGGCUGGCAAGCCCCACGGCAGAGGCAUUUUAAAAUGGCCUGAUGGGAGGAUUUACACCGGAUCAUUCAAGAACGGACUGGAGGAUGGCUUCGGGGAGUUUGUUGGCCCCAAUAAGGCGCUGGGCAAAGAUGAUAUCUAUCAAGGUUAUUGGAAAGAAGGAAAGAUGAAUGGCCUUGGGACAUACCGGUAUGCAAGCGGCGAAGUUUACGACGGUAACUUCCAGGAUGGCAUGCGCCAAGGUCACGGGAUGCUGCGCAGCGGGAAGCACAACACCUCGUCCCCCAGCGUCUUCAUCGGACAGUGGCUGCAGGACAAGAAAACAGGCUAUGGAGUCUUUGACGAUAUCACAAAAGGGGAGAAGUACAUGGGAAUGUGGCAGGACCACCAACGGCAGGGCAUGGGGGUAGUCGUCACCCAGUUUGGUCUGUACUAUGAAGGCGUCUUCAAGGACAACAAGAUGAUGGGUACAGGAAUCCUUCUGUCCGAGGAUGACACAACCUACGAGGGGGAGUUCUCCGAUGAUUGGACCCUCAGUGGAAAGGGCGUACUCACCAUGCCAAAUGGCGACUACCUGGAAGGCUCCUUUAGUGGCGAGUGGGGGUCUGGUCUCAAAGUGACAGGCUCCUACUUCAAGCCAAACCUCUUUGAUUCUGACAAGGACAAGAACCGGGCCGUGAAGCUGGGCCGUCUCAGCGUGAGAGCGGAGGAAAAGUGGCGGGCAGUGUUCGAGGAGUGUUGGAGUCAGCUGGGCUGCGAGGCGCCGGGUCAGGGGGAGCACUGUAAGGCCUGGGAGGCCAUUGCUGUGGCCCUGACCUCCAACAGGCAGCAGAUACAAGACAGUCCAGACAUAUUGUCUCGGAGUCACAGUAAAACGCUGGAGGGUCUGGAGGCUAUCCCCCAACAUGAAGGGCCUAUCACAAUAGAGAGAUAUCACAGCAUCCGGCUGUACCUCAUCAAGGCAUGCGACACCCCCCUCCAUCCCCUGGGCCGGCUGGUGGAGACCCUAGUGGCGGUCUACAGGAUGACCUACGUUGGCGUCGGUGCAAACCGUCGGCUGCUGCCUCAGGCAGUCAACGAGAUCAAGUCUUACCUCGGCCGCAUCUUCCAGAUUGUCAGGUUUCUCUUCCCUGACCUGCCAGAAGAGGGCGGUCUCAUACCCGAGCCAACAGAGAGCCUUGGAGACAAUGAGCAGGAGACCUCCACUGAAACCCGCACAGAGUCACCCAAACCAGGCCGCGUGGUGAGCAGCUCGGCUCUGCUGCUGCCCGUCCUGCUGCCUCGCCUCUACCCGCCACUCUUCACCCUCUACGCUCUGGAGAAGGAGAAGGAGGAUGACAUGUACUGGGAGUGUGUCCUGCGCCUCAACAAGCAGUCUGACCUCGCCCUGCUCGCCUUCCUGGGCGUCCAGCAAAAGUUUUGGCCUGUUUCCAUCCCCAAUGCUCUGCCUGCUCCCGGACAGAAGCAGCCGGUCAUCUCAAGCACUAAAGACGUCUGCUUUGCCUCUGCGGUGGAAACGCUGCAGCAGAUCAGCACAACGUUCACCCCGUCUGACAAGCUGCAGGUGAUCCAGCUCACCUUCGAGGAGAUCACACAGGAGGUGCAGUCGCUGCUACGGCAGGACUUCCUGUGGUCCAUGGACGACCUGUUCCCUGUAUUCCUCUACGUCGUGCUGCGUGCCCGAAUCCGUAACCUUGGCUCAGAGGUCAGCCUCAUCGAGGACCUGAUGGAUCCGUGCGUUCAGCAUGGAGAGCACGGGAUCAUGUUCACCACCCUGAAGGCCUGCUACUACCAGAUCCAGCACGAGAAGAUCACAUAAGACGAAGACUCUUCCUGGAGGCCCAUCCCUACAGCAGAGGAUCUUACGGCUGCUCGGGAAGCAGGAUUUCUACCCCGACAGCUCCUUCAGCUGCUGUCACGCAGACGAGGAUCACCUCAUCUGUGUCGACUUUUCUCCUCUGAUCAGGAAGAUGCACAUGUAAACCAUGAGCUACUUUCUUUCUCUCCUGAUCCAGGAGGAGUCGGGAAAUAUUUGGAAGUUUUAUAUCGCCAACUGUGUUGGUUGUGUCGGAGAAUAAGAAGUUUGAAGUUCAGCAAAGUCCAGAGGAGUAUUGUGGACCGAAGUUUCUUACCCGAUGCCUGCAAAGGAGCUGCAGAGGUCUCUAGAAGCAAAAUCCGAUUUUGAAGUAUUUUCACUUAUUGUUUACUCAUGGCGUCGUCAUCAACUCGAUGGUACGCCACUCUGUAGCGCCCUCUGGUGGAAGCUCUGCCGGGUUUGUACAGAAACUAUUUCAAAGAUCAUGCAUCCUGCAGAUGAACCCUUUUAAGGAUUAAAAAAAAGAUAAAUUUAUGCAAAAAACUGAUUUAUUAAAUGAGGAUUUGAAAAAAUAGAUAAAAAUCUAAACUGCUUUAACUGUGACUCUAUAUCAAGCUGUUUUUGUUUUGUUUUUUUCUUAUGUAAAACUUUUGGACCCCUGACAGAAACUUGGACUGACACUAUCGUCAAGACUCACAGAGAAUUUUUGUGUGUUUUUUUUUUUUUUUUUUUGUUUGUUUGUUUUCUUGACAAUCUGAGCCUAAAUAUUACAGAUGAACUUUGCAGAAACCUUUAGAAAAUCAUCUUUGACCGUCGUUUAUGUCAUUCCAACGGUUGUCUGCAUCUAAAACGAUAAUCUCCUCUAACUGAAGCUGCGCAUGACAACUGACUGUACCUCACGCUUUUGUUUGUAAAAAUGAAAAGAUGACUGUAAGGUCAAUGCCCCCCCCCCCGCCCCCCCCCCACUUCUUCCUGAAUUGACCAUUUUACAUGGUGUCAAAUGUGCCGAACUUUUAAACAAAAACAAGGUGCAAUAAAUAUGAUCGACGGCUGAGUGAAUUGACAGUGCUUUGAGCAAAAAUAAAAAAAUAAUAAAAUAAUUUUAAUACCAGUCAAAGAAAACCUGAAUGGAAAUAAAAAGUAGUUUUUAAAUAAUUUCAUUACUUAUGAGCAAAUCUGUCCUAAUCCUGUGUGAAAAAUCGAUUGCCACCCUUGUUAAAUGAACCAGAUUUUUGAAAAGCAGAGAUUGUGAGAUUAAAAGACAACUAUCUCUUUUGAUC